AUGGUGAGCUGGUGUAAGGUUUAUCUUGCCACUUUUAAGAGUGCCCAGCUCCAGCCGAAUUCAAGGAUGCAGACCUUUCAACCAAGCGAGUGGAUUCCGCCGUCACAAGGUAGUGUCAAGGUGAAUUUUGACGCAGCCCUACCGCUAGGGCAACAAUGGAUCUCAGUCUCAGCCAUAGCUAGGAACGAGGAUGGUCAAUGCAUUGGCUGGAAGGUUGUCAAGAUUCAUGGCAAUUUUCAGCCGGUGGAGGGGGAAGCUUUGGCGGCACUCAAAGCCAUUUCCACGGCCAAAGAUAGAGGCUGGCAUGAUAUUGUCAUCGAGGGGAAUUGUCUUCGCGAUGGAGAGAAUGAGGCUGCUGACUUCGGGGCUGUUGUGGAAGAUUGCCGACAAAUGGCUCUAGAAUUUCAAUAUUGCUCUUUUAAUUUCACAAAGUGUUCGGGUAAUAAACUAGCCCAUGAUAUUGCUCAAAUUCCUUGUAAUAACGUGUUGGAGGAUCUUGUUCUCCCAUCUAAUUUGGCGUAUAUUGCCUAA